CGCUCAUCUCCUUCACACACACGCUAUUGGCCCUGUUAUUCGUUCAAAAUAACAACACGCAGCAGAACCAUGGGGCGAGAAAUUGUUCACGUUCAAGCAGGCCAGUGCGGUAACCAGAUCGGUUCCAAGUUUUGGGAGGUGAUCUCCGACGAGCACGGCAUCGACCCCACUGGUGUCUACCACGGCGACUCUGACCUCCAGCUCGAGCGCAUCAACUGCUACUUCAAUGAGGCCUCCGGCGGCCGCUACGUGCCCCGCGCCAUCCUCAUGGACCUCGAGCCCGGAACCAUGGACUCGGUGCGCUCGGGGCCCUUCGGGCAGCUGUUCAGGCCCGACAACUUCGUGUUCGGGCAGACCGGCGCGGGCAACAACUGGGCCAAGGGCCACUACACCGAGGGCGCGGAGCUGAUCGACUCGGUGCUUGACGUGGUGCGAAAGGAGGCGGAGUCUUGCGACUCGCUCCAGGGCUUCCAGCUGACCCACUCCAUGGGAGGCGGUACCGGAGCGGGUAUGGGAACCCUGCUCAUCUCCAAGGUUCGCGAGGAGUACCCGGACAGGAUCAUGUCCACCUACUCGGUCAUCCCCUCCCCCAAGGUGUCCGACACCGUCGUCGAGCCCUACAACGCCACCCUCUCCGUGCACCAGCUGGUCGAGAACGCCGACCAGUGCUUCACCCUCGACAACGAGGCCCUCUACGACAUCUGCUUCCGCACCCUCAAGCUCACCACGCCCACCUACGGUGACCUGAACCACCUUGUGUCUGCCGCCAUCUGCGGCACCACGUGCUCCCUGCGAUUCCCCGGGCAGCUGAACUGCGACCUUCGCAAGCUCGCGGUCAACAUGGUGCCGUUCCCCCGGCUCCACUUCUUCAUGAUCGGGUUCGCGCCGCUGACCUCUCGCAACUCCCAGCAGUACCGCGCGCUGUCGGUGCCAGAGCUGACCCAGCAGUGCUUUGAUUCGAAGAACAUGAUGUGCGCCGCCGACCCCCGGCACGGCCGAUACCUGACUUGCGCCGUAAUGUUCCGUGGCCGUAUGUCUACCAAGGAGGUGGACGAGCAGAUGCUCGCCGUGGUGAACAAGAACUCGUCCUACUUCGUGGAGUGGAUCCCCAACAACGUCAAGGCCUCCAUCUGCGACGUCCCCCCCAAGGGGCUCAAGAUGUCCACCACUUUCGUGGGCAACACCACCGCCAUCCAGGAGGUGUGGAAGCGCGUGGCCGAACAGUUCACGGCCAUGUUCCGCAGAAAGGCCUUCCUCCACUGGUACACCGGCGAGGGCAUGGACGAGAUGGAGUUCACGGAGGCCGAGUCGAACAUGAACGACCUUGUGUCGGAGUACCAGCAGUACCAGGACGCCACGAUCGAAGACGAAGGGGAGUACGACGAGGACGAAGAGCUCGACGACCAGAUGAUGUAAAACGGCCAAGCCAUUCUCAUUUUCUGACACAAGCAUACAACGGACGGUGACAACAACAAGAAAAUGGGCCGUUUUUCCUUGUAGCCGGAAACUGCCGAGGUGCUUAUUUUGUCGGCUCCCCUACUCAGGGGUGGGAUGAUGUUCGGUAGCACUUUUUGUAUAUUUACUGAAAGUUGUUGAAAGUUCCAAUAGCUUUUGGAGGGACGAAGGUUGGUGGGACGCCGUUCGAGGCAUUUACCGUAAUGGCCAACAGAGAAGUGUUUUUUUUUCGUGGUUCCCCCGUGUGUGCUGUCCCGUCCUUGCAUGGUAUUUCUCUUGCGGUUGCUUGCGAAAGCGUAUAGAUUUAGGACCGGCCCCGGUGUUGUCUGCGUGCUCCCAAGAGACCGGUGUGGGCGUGUAGCGGUUGGUAUCCUGGUGCUGGUUGUGUCCAUGUUCAUGUUAGCCUUACCUGUUUGUAUUUGAAAGACGUUCUUUUUUCCCGAAGACAGUGUUGGUUGUAUUAUGGUUGCUGCUGAGGGUCCCCUUUUUCGCUUUGCCAUUUCGUUUGUCAGUUGCUUUGGGAGGUUUUCGUUUUCGGUGUUUUUUUAUCAAUAUAAAUAAAUGUAUGUGGGGAGAGGCACAUGCUGGGGAUAAGCAUGCUUGGUGUUUUGGGGGUCUUGGCGAUCCAGAAACAGGUUUGCUAGGCCUAGAUUGAAGAGCUUGAGGAGGUCCUUUCGUAAUACGUGUGGGGAUAACGAGCGAAGAGGCGGUUUGUUUUUGGCAACGACACUCGUGGCGUCUCUUGGCGGAGACCAAGAUUGAAACCGGUUGAAGGUAGAGAUGACGAGAGUGAGCAGCAUCCAUCGUGAAAUUUGCGCCGCAUGUUGCGGGUUCCGAGACAAAUGACUCCUUUUUUUUUCUCGGAUUUGCCUGUGACAAGAGUUGGCUGCAGUCCCGGUGACGGAAAACGCCAUCAUGGUUUGUGUCCUGUUUUUUGUUGCCCAUCAAGACGUCCCGUGUUGAAGUUGACGGAUCAGUUAUUUCCGCUAGAAAAUGCAGUUCUUAGGAGGGUUUCCCACUGAGAAAAUAGCCUUGCGAGUGUGCGCCCCUUUUUUGUUAUUGCCAUGUUGUUGUCCAUCCUCCGUUUGUGUUCUAUUACGAUAAGAAGAGAGCGUUGAUGUAGUACCGAAAGACGUCGUUUCAGGCGCACAAAUCUUCGGUUGAGAGUUGAGAGCGUUAAUAUGCUGUAGUUGCCGUAAUGAUGAGUAUUAUGCUUCGGUGGCAAGGCUCGUAACUUGAUUCCCGUGGUUUGUAAAGGUAGAGCUAAGCUAGUCUGCGAAUUCCCCGCAGGCUAUAGAGCAUGAAGAGUUGGUGCUACGACGUUUGGUAAUUGAAUCAAUUUGAAAAUCUCCAUCAGCAAACUCUUUAGCACGUCGGUAUCGCUUUUGCCGAGCGAGAAGCUAUGGCCCUUUGCGAGACUACGUUUCUCGGAGCGGGUUUUUCACAAAGGGUAGUGUUCUUUGUCCCGUGUCAACCAGCGAUUUCGAUUGUUCCGUCGGAUAGAUCACGCAAAACUGGAGCCUUGGACGACAACGCGCCGUCAGAAAAACAAAAACGAGGCCUCCGCGGAUACUAGACUAUCCAUACAAAAUGACGAACUUGCACCUGGCGAUUUCGCAAAAUACGUUUGU